AUGGAAUAUUUUUCAAAAAAUAAAUAAUCUCUUAAUAAGAGCUUAGGUCUGGAAGAAUCAAAAAGCAGCUCAAAUACUCAAGAUAGAUCUAAAAUGGAAGAACCAUAUUUUAAAAACAAGAUUAAUAAUUUAAAUAAUAGCGAUAACUAUACCAAGAAUAAGAUUUCAUCAAGUGGAGCCGAUUAAAAAUAAUCUUUCCAUAGCGAUUCAAAUUAGAGUGAUACAUCAGCAAUCAUAAGAAUGAAUUAAAAUAUUAAGAAAAGGAUUUUAAGAAAUCAUUUAAUGCUAAUAUUGCUACUCAAUUUGGUGUAAAUAGGUUCUUUACUAUUUUCUAUCAUAUAUCCCCCUUGGUAUAACGAUUCAGAAAACUCACCAACUACGAAUGGUUCUUUCCAAGAAUAAACCUACUAUGGUUUAUUAUUUCAUUACAAUAAUAAUUCAUACUAAUUAAAUGGAUUUUACAGCGAAGAUAAUAAAGAAAUAGGAGGAAUCUCCUCAUUUAUAAUGUUUAGCAUGGGAGUAGCUAUUUAAUUUAUUUAUACUUUCUAAUUGCUUGCUUUUUUUAAAUCUUAUCCUGAAAGUAUUUAGAAUAGAGGAUGUAAAUUAUUAAAAUUUAAGACUUGUAGAUGGCUCUGCUUAUUUCUAUACAUGGGUGCCAUACUGUAUUGGGUUAUGGUUGUUUACUUAGUAUAAGUUGUAGGCGAUACUUCAAAUACGAAAUAACUCCAAUAUGGAUUCUGGAUAUCUAUUAGCUGUAUUGCUAGCUUUUUAUUGAUCUGCAUUUACUUUAACUUCGUAAAGAAAAAAAUAAAGAAAAAUGAUUUAGUCAGUAACUUAUUAAAUGCUAAUCGCUAUUUAAAAAUGAAUGAGGAAAUUGAUAGCUCUGAAUAAUUUUGA